AUGGGGUGGUGGGCUGCACUUGUGAGAAGACAACUUUAUAUUGAAGUUGGGUCUGCUCCUUUCGCCAUGCCAAGUGACUUUGACAGAUUUUUUUUUUUGAAGGCUGAGCACCAGGAUUGCACUAGUUCGGUGACACAGCUACAACAACUUUGGUUUGGCCUUCGGCGACCAGAGGCUCUUUGGGUGCCUUCUGGAGCUGCUCCUAGAGUUGCUGAUCUGAAGCUUUCGGAGAAAGUGGAGUGUGGCUGCCAUUCGGUGUCCUUGGCUGAGGUGUUGUUCCUUUGUCCGAGCAUGGAUUUUGACAGUCAAGUAGUUGAUGCUUGCCUUCCCAUUGGGUGUCUUGAUAAGCUUAGUGGCUAG